AUGGCGGCCCCGGCCCGCCGGCCCCGGGCCUUGCUCGCCCUCGGCCUGGCCCUUCUCGCCGCCGCCACCGCCGCCGCCACCGAUCCCUUCUCGCCGCAGCUGGGAGACACCGGCGGGUGCCGCGGGCAGUGCGGCCGCAGCCUGCAGCGCCGGGCGGCCGCCGAUGCUGUUCUCAACGCCUGUUACCGGGGCUGCCGGCUGUUCUCCAUCUGUCACUUCGUGGAUGCGAGCGCCGAGCUCAACACGACCAGAGCCGAGUGCGAAGCAGCCUGUGCUGAAGCCUACAGCAACGCAGAGGAGCAGUUUGGGUGCGUGACCGGGUGCCGCAAGCAGCUGCCUGAGGUGGAGGACAGCAGGAAGGAGAAGAGCCUGGAGCUGCAAGCGCCAUCGUUUUCCAUGUUGGAUUUGGUCUCCACCUUCUGCAACGACAUCGUCAGCUCUGCCCAGAGCUUCAUCUCCUCCACCUGGACCUUCUACCUGCAGGCAGAUGAUGGCAAAGUCGUGGUGUUUCAGUCCCAGCCUGAGAUGGAGUAUCCAGCACCUGAGGCACUGGAGAUCCAACCAGCACACCCAGGAUUGGGAUCGGGAUCCAGCCCUGGCAUCCCCCAGCCCCACACAGGCCCUCGGGGAAAGGGGGACAAGCCCCCUGUGAAGGAGCCACGGGGCAAAGCCAAGGCGCACCCCCCGGAACCCCCUCAGCAGGAGCACGACUUCCUCGGCUGCAUGUCCAAGCGGGGGGUGGUGGGGUGCUACAGGCGCUCGGGCCUUCCUCGCUGGAUCUUGGCUGCCUGCCUCUUCCUCUCCAUCGUGGUGAUGCUGUGGCUGAGCUGUGCCAGCUUGGUGACCGCCCCCGAGCAGCACGUCAAGACCCAGCCUCUGAGCAUCAACGGGGACAAGGAGUACCUGGAGGACCUGGAUGGCCCCGGCACCUUCCCCCUGCCGCCCGUCAUCACUGUCACCCUGUGCCCUGCGCAUGGCGGGGAGGACGCGGGGCCGCUGCCCCUCAAAGUCGACCUGGACAAGACCAUCCUGUAG